UUGGUUCUGUCAACUUUGUUAACAAUACUAAACAGUGGAAAGCCCAUACGAAAAACAAAAAAAGCCCAUUUUUGUGACAAAAUUACCCAUUUGUCAUAACAGUAAAUAUUUAAAAUUUAUGUAUAUUAUUAGCAUUGAAGUAAUCCUUCAUUAUUGCUUCAGAGGAUGUUUAUCGCUAUAAUCAACAAUGACAUGUGUCACUUCUCUAUUCGCUGGUCAACCACUAGGCACCUUUAGACACCACAUCCAUAGCUACCAGAGAACUGACCUAUAUAUAUAUACACAUAAGUAUUAUUGUCUUUCCAUAUAAAUAAAAAUUAUUCUCUCCUCCUGCUCCUGAUCACUAUCAGUCACCACCGCCGUCCGCCAUCUCCUACCCCCUCACCGCUGGCAAUGCCAAGCUCCCACCCUCUCCUCGCGUGCCUGAGUCUCAUCGGUCAUCCUGUGGAGAAGAAGCAGAAGAUCAUCGUCGCGCCUAGCCAGUCGAAGAGAAUAUCGCUGUCGUUGCCUGACCCACCCGAGGAGAACAUCAUCGUCGCCUCCUGACCCAUCCGAGGCAGCAGCAUCGCUUUAGAGCCUCUGAGCGUCUCUGCAUCUUUGCCUCUAUGCCUCGUCACCGAUCUUCGUCGUCCGCUCAGCUGCUCUUCCUCCCGGACCAUUUUUCUUGAUCAACACAAUGUUCUGAAAAUUAAAGGGGAUCGGCCAGCCGAACGAUUUAACCGCGAACCGACAAUAAUAAUAGUUUGGUUAAAUAAGUGAAACCGUUGUAUAAAAAACCGGUGAAAAAUCGUUGAAGCAGACAAGAAUCAGUCGGUUGGACCGAACCGAAACCUGCCCGGUUUACACAAAAACGGAAGCAGCUUCGUUUCUUUCUCCCUUUCCCCCUUUCUUUCUUUCGUUCAGAAAGAAAUCAAGCAACCCCAGCCAAAAAACCCUAGCACUGUAAGCCUACACCACCGCCGCAAGGAGUGGCAUACUGCCGCGUCCGUCGCACUCAAAGUUCGCCAUCCGUCCGUCUAUCUAGCUUCCCUCGUGAUCCAAGUCUUCAACUCCUGUUCGCUGUCACCGAUCACGGCUGCUUCCUCGAGCUCGGCGUCCGUCGUUUUUGUCUGCUUAGCCGCGCUUCCGUCGCCGUUUGUUUGCCGUUCACGUUCGCGUCUCCGUUCGUGUUCUUCGCCGUUCACUGUUCGCGUUCACUCGCUGUUCACCGUUCGAGUUUGCAUUCGUGUUCGUCUGGAAGCCACGUUAAUCUGCUUCAAACACUGCGACCAACCCGCGCGCUCUACCUAGCCGUCGAACUGCUCUCUUUUGUCGCAGCCAUGCAACAUUGUUCGGUGGGAGAAAGAUUAAACUGUUUGAAGUAUCAAAGGAGGACAACCAAGAAGUUGAAAGACAGAAAAGGUGUUUUCAGACUUCUCUAAGACUAUUAUCACCAGAAUUCUUCCUACAAGGUCUCUUUGUUUUUGAGAAGAAUGUCAGAGGAAGAAGGUAGUGGUUUUCAUAUAUGACUAGUAUGACGCUGACUUAAAAGAUGUUUGGGUUCGGAAUUGGAAAAGUUUCAAGGGUUAUGUGAAAUAGAUUUUAAGUGGUUUGUUAAGUUUGUAUGAACAGAUGGAGAUUUUUCAUGGAGAUAUAAGUUGAGAAAGUAGGUAUAAGUUUGUAAAAUGUGGUGAUAGAGUGCUGCUUACAGGAGUGGAGGAAAAUUUUUUCUUUGAUUUCCCGAAGUACAAAAAUGUUGUCAUUAAGAAGGAGAUGGUUUGGUUACGUAAAGUUAUUACGUUCAUCAAAUCUUUAAUUUAAACGUGUAUAUUAACUUACCACUCUAAAAAAUUGAAGAACAUUUUACAUUCUGUUGGAGGUUUCCCAAGAUUUGAUGAACGUAAUAACUUUACGUAACCAAACCAUCUCCUUCAAUGAUAAUAUUUUUGUGCUUAGUAGAAUCAGAGAAAAAAUUUUCCUCCACUCCUGUAAUCAGUAUUCUAUCACCACAUUUUACAUACUUAUACCUAUUUUCUCAGCUUAUAUCUCCAUAAUACAUCUCUAUCUGCGCAUACAAACUUGACAAACUACUUAAAAUGUGUUUCAUAUAAACUUUGAAAUUUUUUCAAUCUCGAACUCAAACAUAAGUCAGCAUCAUAAUGGUUAUAUAUGAAAACCACUACUUCCUCCUUUCCAACAUUCUUCUCAAAAAUAAAGAGGCCUUGUAAGAAAAAUUCUGGUGACAGUCUUAGAGGAGUCUGAAAACACCUUCUCUGUUGAACAUACGCCAAGAUUGCUGCUUUUCUUGAAUAUCUUGAAACUUCCGUUGAGGUAUUGCUCUCCUCCACCGCUUCAAAGCAAUAAAAAGUCAAUACUAGAAUUAAUCACUGCAGCUAUAUGUACUAUAAGAAAGUCAAAGUUAGGUUCUCAACAUCUCUAGUUUCUCACCCAUCUUCUUUGAUUGGUGUGCUUUCAUCAAAUUGGUUAAAUUGGUCUGUUCAUAUUGCUUUUAUCGCAAACGGUGCCGCUUAAUGUAGGACCAUAACUUGAAUGAAUUAAAUUGGCUGAUUAGUUUCAUACCUAUACGGCUAUACCACAACCAUUAUUGGUGUCAAUGAUGGCUGGUCUGAGUGGUGACCAGAAUUUCAAAAUAUAAACUUUUAUUUUCUUAGUCAAUUAAUUUUGAGUCUAAAUAUUGAAUUAAAAAAAAAACUACGAUUUUACUAAAGAGAUGAGAGAAGAGAAUAGGGUACAGGCAUGGUAGUUGAGAGCUGAAGGAGACAAUGGUGGUGGUGAUAGAGCAGCGUGAUACUCUAGAUCGAAAUGCGAAUCCAUUCAACACUGCCGCUUUUGAUGGUUUUGAAACUGCGAGUGACACGGACCUUGGCAGUGAUGCUGAAGGCGAGCAUGGCAGAGCUAGCUGCUGUCAAGAACGAUCAACCGCUGCCGAAGUUGCAACACCAGCAUGCGGAGCUGGAGCAUGGAGCAUGGAGCAUGGUGUUCUCCGAGUAAUGAUCUCUCCAUCGAUGAGGAAUUGAAUCUGGUUGGGUUUCGAAAUUUCAUCUUUUGGGAAAUUUUUGCAUUUUUUCGACAACUUUCUCCUUUGAUCAUAAUUUUUUUAGUAAUGAUCAUUUUUUUUUAUUUUCAUUUUCUAGUGCUUUCAAUUGGUUUGUCAAAAUAAUUUAUAAUCAAACUUUUGACAGAAAGGAAACUAAGCAAUGUUUUAUAAACUGCACUAAAAAUUUGAAGCAGUGAAGUCUUGAUGUUGAUUGUGGCAUUUAAAACAUGCAUAUGCAUUUAAGUCCAAAAACACAAACACGAUGCUUUUUGAUGAUGAAGAGAAUGAUUGAAUGGUGAUGCCUUAUUUUGGAUACCUUGCCUCACUUUGGAUACCUUUUGGCUCAGAAUAAAGUUUUAUCUCAACAAUUAAAUGCAAUUACUCAAUACAUAGGAGGAAUGCAAGAAAAUUCCUAUGCUGUGAGUAAUGGACUAUCUCAAAGUGAAGGAAUGGAUUAUGGAUACUCCUCCAUAGAGCAAGUAAAUUACAUUGAUAAGCAUCACAAUGACCCCUUUUCCAAGACCUAUAAUUCUGAAUAGAGAAAUCAUCCAAAUUUUGGGUGAGAAAAUCAUAAUCAAAAACCCAAUAAUUUCAACAAUAACCAUCAACAGAACCAGUUCCAACCUCAACAUAAUACCUUCAACCCCCAUCAACAAAACAACCACCAACAACAAUCACCAUCCUUCACUCAACCAUCUCAAGACUCCCAAAGGCUUACCAACCUUGAACUUGCACUAGAAAAACUCUCCCAAAGCACACACACACACAACAUCAACAAAAUAACCUUGAAUUAGCCUUGGAAAAACUUUCACAAAAACCACCUCUUUCACCAGGAAUCAAGAAGCUUCAAUGAGAAAUUUGGAGAUACAAAUGGGCCAACUUGCUCAAAGAAUGGAAAAAUCCACAAAUUUUUUUUCCAGUGAUACAAUCCCAAACCCACAGGAAGAAUGCAAGGCUAUUUAUUUGAGAAAUGGAAAGGUAGUAAGAGAAGAGAAGGAAGAAACCAAGGAGUCCAGUGACAAACAAGGGAAAGAAGCAACAGAGGACAUCAUUCAGCAAGAGGAGCAUGUGACUCCCACCAUACUUUUUGUAGAUAGAAAGUAUGAGGAGGCAUUAUUCCAGUAUGAACUUGCCCUACAAGUUGCACUUAACAUGUCUUCAUCGGUGGAAGUACGUUUGAUCUGCCAUGCAAAUCGUGCUGCAUGCUAUCAGAAACUGGGAAAAUAUGACAGCACAGUUAAAGAAUGCACACAAGCAUUAGAACUGAACCCUGCAUACAUUAUUAAAGCAUUGGCAAGAAGAGGAGAAGCCCAUGACAAGCUUGAGCAUUUUGAAGAGGCCAUUGCUGAUAUGAAAAGGAUCUUAGAAAUUGAUCCGUCAAAUGAUCAAGCCAGGAAGGGUAUUUGCCGACUUGAGCCGCUUGCUGCAGAAAAGCGGGAAAAGAUGAAGGAAGAAAUGAUGGACAAGUUUUUUGUUGUCUUUAUCUUUGUUUUCUAAUUAUAUUUGUGCAGAAUAGUUCACGGGCAUGCUUUCCGUAAAUUACCUGUUAUUUGUUGUCCAAUAUGAUGCCCUUUUCUCUCUCUCUUUCUGCUAGAAAACUAACAUGCAAAUUCGCCUUG